CCGGGCGGACUUGGAGGUCGGUCUGCUUUCAUUGCGCGGCAUAACUUGUUUUUGUGUAAAAGUUACGAGUACGCAGAAAGCCACGUUGCUUUUUUACAACGCAUAUUGGACGGUGGACGAGUCACGCUGGUACCUUCUGUAGCUGACGUGCGAUCAUGGUCCUACCGGCCCUGUACGCCGCACUCCGCGUUUAUGCGCCGUACAUCACCUUCCCGGUGGCUGUCAUCGUCGGCGUCAUCGGCUACAACAUCGAGGGCCUCGUCUCUGACCGACGCACGCCCAACAAGAAGACGAGCGUCGAUGAAGAGCGCAAGGAGCGACUGCUGCACGAGUUGGACUCGCAGCGGGAUGUGACGCAAGUUGACAGGCUCAAAGACAAAAGCUUUGUGCCUAACACGGUGCUAGAAAAAGUAUCACCGUCGCUUAAGACACUGGACACGUGAUUACUGAUACUCGUGGCCAAUGUAGGACGCACAGAGACUUGGUUUUCGUCGUUUUAGUCAACGGUUGGACGGAAGUUUGUUUGGUCAGAAAGAAUCUUAAUAAUGUGAAUGUGUUGUCGCCAAGUCUAGGGA